UACUGCAUGGGGAGGGGCAGAGCUUUUUUUAACCACAUUAACAUUAAAAUCGCUCCCGCAUAACGGGCUGUCCCGUUCUGUAACGAGGGCGCGUGGUCCGGUGUCGUCGUCAGUCGUCUCGCACGUACAGCGUCCGUCUCUAACAAUCUAUAUUCAACAUGAUUAUAAUAAUCGAAGAUCAGGAGGGGUUCGACACGGCGCUGGCCGAGGCAGGGCAGAAGCUGGUGGUUGUGGACUUCACGGCCACAUGGUGCGGUCCCUGUCAGAGCAUUGCUCCCUUCUUCAAGAGUCUGUCUGAGAAUCACCCAGACGCGGUCUUCCUGAAGGUCGACGUGGACGACGCACCGGAUGUGGCCAGUUCCUGUGACAUCAAGUGCAUGCCGACAUUCCACUUCUACAAGAACAAGCAGAAGGUGGAGGAGUUCUCUGGGUCCAACCAGGCCAAGCUGGAAGAGCUGGUAAACACACACAAAUAAAGAAACCCCUGUCUGAGAGGAAAACCCCAUGCCUUCUCCUCCAGUCCUCCUGACUGGUCCUCCACCUUUCCUCUCCACCCUCCCUUCUCCCUCCCUCCCUCCCUAUUUCUCCUCUCUCCCUCUCCACCUCCUGGUUCCACCCAUGGAUUGAUCCAUCAUGUAUGAUAAUAAAGUGUUUGUAUUAAAACUCA